AUGGAAGUAAACGCUUUGAAAGGAGCGCCAGAUGAGCGAAUCCGGGAAGUACAAGCGGCUACCACACAGGACCAAUGUAUGCAGUCCCUGUUGAGCACUAUAAAAGAUGGUUGGCCAGAAAGCAAGAAGGAUGUACAAAAUGAUCUGAAGCCAUAUUUUGAUGUGCGAGACACAUUGAGCCAUCAAAAUGGAAUUAUCCUAAAGGGAGAAAGAAUAGUUAUCCCAGCAUCACUUCGUGACACCACAAAGAAACGAUUGCACUCUGCAUAUUUGGGAUACGAUAGUAUGAUGAGACGAGCCCGAGACAUCAUAUUUUGGCCCGGAAUGGCAACAGAAGUACGACAGCUAGCAGAGAACUGUGAGGCUUGCCAGCAAUACAAACCACAAAACCAGAAAGAGCCAUUAAAAGAGUACGAGGAAGGGCAAGUACCUUGGAAUAAGGUUGGAAUUGAACUUUUCGAGAUCAAGGGAAGAGAUUAUCUAGCCACGGUUGACUGUUUCUCGUGUUUCAUAGAAGUUGACCACCUAAGCACUGCCACAAGUAAACAGAUAAUCAUCAAAAUCAAAGGACAUUUUGCAAGAUAUGGCAUACCAAGUGAAUUGGUAACUGAUUGUGCAUUACGUGGUUCACAAUUUAUUUCCUGCGAGUUCAAGACCUUCACCAAACACUGGGGAAUUAAGCAUGUAACAUCGUCACCCCUCCAUCACCAAUCGAAUGGAAAAGCGGAAGCUGCGGUUAAAACUAUAAAGCUAAUGAUGAAGAAGUCACUGCGGGACAACGCUGAUCAAUAUGAGGCUUUACCCGAACUGAGAAACACGCCACGCCAGGGUACUGGACAAAGUCCAGCUAAAAUGAUGUUUGGUCGAGCAACACAAUCAUUCCUACCAGCCAUAUCGAACACAAAAUCAGAACGGGCGAGAAAUGCAACACAGAAGGGAGCCAAACACCGCCUUCUGGUUAAGCAAAGUUAUGACAAAGGCGCUCGAGACCUGAAACAACUGUCACCUGGUUAG